AGUUGAGGGAAGGAGGGCGUGCGUGCUGUGCUGAGGGUAGAGAGGGAGAGAGAGGGAUGGAGAGAAGGGAGGGGAGAGGGAGCGAGAGAGAGAGCCGCAGCUAUUGAGCGCAGACCAAACAACAACCGACGCCAGCACACUCGUGAGCAAGAGACAUGCAAUGGUUGUGGGUUUUUUUUUGUUGUUCUGUACGUUGCAAGCAAAAGUGAUAGAUCAUUUCCCACGCGAUGCAUACCUUUCAACUAAUUGAUCAAAAAAAAGAGCGUUGUUAAUUAAACUAAGGGGACAAACAAAAGGGGACUGGGGGGGGGGGACUGCAUGGGAUUUAUUUGUUGGGGUUGUUUUUUUUGCAUUCGCGCAGAGCCCACGAAUUCUGAAGGAGCAGGAAAAACAGUGAAGCAUCAGAAUCGGCGGCAGUCCACUGAUCUAGGCUCGAUUUUGGACGAUGUAAAGAAGAUGUUUCAAUUGUCGGCUGGGACACCUAGGCACAGCGACCAGUAAAACGCCCGUUUCUCUCUCUCUCUCCGUGUGCGGAUCGUAUGGAUUUCUGCAAGCGAAACCCAACUUCGAGUUCUCAAUGUGGAAGUCCGGCGCACGCUUUUGUGCAGUUAUAUUGAGGAAAAAGUGCCUUUGAGGGAAGGAAACAUAAUCUCGUCAGUCAUGCUGUUAGUCCAUUAACGUAUCGACGGUGGGUUUUAGACGCAGCGUGCGACACAUUUUGAAAUCAAGUGCCAAUUCAAUGUGUUCAGCAAUGGGUUUAAUUCUAUUCAGGGUAUUGAGUGGCCCAAGAACAAGACUGAUGAUUUUUACAGCAGCCUUCAUAUUAUCGUUCCCAACAGUCGAAGGAGCAUGUUCCAAAAGCUGUAAGUGUGAUGUGAAGAUCGUGUACUGCGAGUCACUGGGUCUGAAAGGACUGCCACGGAAUAUCUCCGCAGGCACGCUCGGUUUGUCUCUGAGGUACAACAGCCUGCAAGAGUUGAACUACAAUCAGUUUGCCAGCUUUAGGCAACUGACAUGGCUAUACCUUGACCACAAUUACGUGCAUACUGUCGAUGCACAUGCCUUUCAAGGGAUACGCAGAUUGAAAGAACUAAUCCUUAGUUCCAAUAGAAUCUCAAAUCUGGCCAAUGGUACAUUCCGGCCAAUAUCAAACCUUCGGAAUUUGGACCUGUCGUACAACCAGUUGCAGAUACUGGAUCCGGAUCUGUUCAGGGGCCUCCGCAAGUUGCAGAGCUUGCACCUGCGUUCCAACACCAUCAAGACGAUGCCAGUACGGAUUUUUCAAGACUGCAGAAAUCUCGAGUUUCUGGACCUUGGCUACAACCGGCUGAGGAGCCUGGCGCGAAAUGCUUUUGCUGGCCUCACCAGGCUGACAGAGCUCCACAUGGAGCACAAUCAAUUUUCCAAGGUCAACUUUGCUCACUUCCCGCGGCUCAUGAGCCUGCGGCACCUCUACCUGCAGGGAAACAAGAUCAGCGAGAUGACGCAGGGCAUGGUGUGGAUCUGGAGCACCCUGCAGAUUCUCGAUCUCUCCGGCAACGAACUGCAGUCCUUGAGAGCGAACGCCUUCGAGUAUGUGCCAAACCUACAGACGCUGCGCCUCGACUCCAACAAGUUCACCACGCUCACCCACGAGGUGCUCAGCUCGCUCAAGUCCCUCAACCUCAUCAGCCUCUCGGGAAACCUCUGGGAGUGCGACCGGAAGCUGUGCGCGCUGGGCAGCUGGCUCACCACCUUCGGCAUCCGAAGAGAAAAGAACAUGAUUUGCGCGGGUCCCAAGCACCUGGAGGGCGAGAACGUGAUGGAGGCCAUCGACAAUUACAACAUUUGCGGCGAGAGACCCCGGGUGACCGCCGAGCCUACGGCGCCAGCACCGAAGCCGGGCAGCCGGCCCACUGGCUGGCUCAAGCCCGUCGUCGAGUCGAGGAUCGAGUGGGGGGAACCUAUCGUGCUGACCACAGACCCCACGGCAGACUUCCCCGUGCACCCUCCGCCACCGCCGCUGGACCCCGACCUGGAGGCCGUGUCACUGCACAAGGUGAUCGCCGGCUGCGUGGCGCUCAUCCUGUCCGUGCUCGUCAUCCUGCUGGUCAUCUACAUCUCGUGGCGCCGAUACCCGGCGAGCAUGCGCCAGCUGCAGCAGCAGGGUCCCCUGGCGCACCACCGGCGCCAGAAGAAGCGGCGAAGACGAGGGGCCAGCAACGAGCGGGCGGCGCAGCCCACGAUCCCGCUCGAGUAUUACGUGGAUUACAAGCCGACCAACUCGGAGGCCACCGAGGGGCUUGCCAACGGCACGACCACCCACUGCUCUGCCUUCAUCGUGUCGGCCAUGCAAGAGUGCGAGAUCCCUCUGCAAACACUGAGUGCUCCGCCUGGAUACGAGCCAAUUCCCGCCUCUCCUCCGGAGGAGUCCGCACAGCAGCAGCACCACCAGCAGCACCAGCAGCAGCAGCAGCAGCACCAGCAGCUGUCCUACUAUUCACAAUCUCCGGUGGCCGACCACGGAAUUCACCCGGCGCAGGCGAUGCUGUCGGCUCACGGAGCGGCCCUCUCCACGCAGGGGUCCCAGGCGUGCCGGCACUUGCCGGGGCUGCCCCCGUCAGCACCGUCACCGCGUACCGCGCUGCUUCUGCCCCUGCCCCUGCAGCAGCAGCAGCAGCAGCACGCCACUGCCGACAACCUCAUCCCAGGCAUAGUGCAGGCUGCGUCGCAGCACGGCAUCGCCGAGCAGCAGAGGUAAUCCAGCCGAGAGAAAUCAAAAGAGUGGCGUGGAAAAGCAAAACAGGAGUUCUAGAACCGUUGUGUGUGUACAAAGACAAUGAUCUCCCCCCACCCCCCUUAUCCCCUUAUCCGUACAGACUGUUGGGUAAAGUGCUGUUAGCGAGCACCUAUUAAAGGCUGGCAAUGGUACACGAGAGGGUGAUGGUGCCAAUAUCAAACAGGGCAGCUCGGAGCAGUGGAUGAGUGCGUGUGUAUGUACCGUACGUGAACGCAUACUAAGAUUAUACCCCUCCGGCCAUGCAGACUGUUGGGGCAAAUGCCACGAGUGAGCACCAAUUAAAGCCGGCAUAGCGCACGAGGAGAUGAUGUGGCCAACACCACUCCCAGCUGCCUUUGUCUAUCCCAGGAACUGAUGUUCGCACAUUGCGCCAAGCACUGAGUCAACCUAGGGGAGGCCCAGGACCGGUUGAGAUAAUCAAUCACGGAUGUUAGCCGUGGCCGGGAAUCGAACUCAGGUCCACCGAGUUCGUAGGGCCCUGCUCUAAUCACUGCGCUACUGCUCCCCUUACCCACAUGUGCAUACACACAUUCUAACGUGCGCAUUAUCUUUAUUUCCAAUAACCCUUAUGGGAGAACGUUAAAAAAUAUAUAUAUAAUUGGUUUCUUACUUUGUAGUGUCUAUGUCUAUGCACCACUGCAUUCAAAACAAACAAACCAACAACAAAAACUUCAAAAGCAUUUCAUCAUCUCUUUGACAAAAGACCCUUAGAAUGUUGGCAUUGAACAUAAUUUCGGUUGACAACAAGAAUAGUUCCACAACAUACGGAAGGAAAGAAAAAUAUCCAAAAUAAAUGAGUAUGCAGCAUUAUCCACUGCUGGAUGAAUGCCUCCCUAGAGGCUCACGGACAUGUGCUGUUAUAAUCCACCUCACACCUGCACCUCCCACUUGUCGCCUUAGCAUGAAUAAAUAUAAGCAAAACAUUUCGUCAAUACCAAUUUUGAUCCAUGUUUUGAAAUAGGUACAACAAUACAAGUGCAUUUAUUUUCACCACGGUAUUAAUUUAAAACAUUUUGAUUGGUAUGAGUUUCUGAAUACCAGCUUUAUAUACUGCAUGUGUAUUGCAUUCGAAAGUUACCCUUAGGACUGUUAGGAAGUGGUGUUUUGGAAGGGCAUUGGGUUAAAUUUUUACUCCACCGUUUGGAUGAAAAUGUGUUCGUGUGGUUUUACUCCAGACUUCCCAAGUCAGAUGGAGUCAUAAAAAUGAAUUAUGCAUGACAGAACAGUAUAAAUCACCACAUCAGCAGUACUGGUCACGCCUGAUGUGGGAAUCCUGAAAAUACAUUGGCCAACAGGUUUCCCACCACAUGUGGAGUGAAAAUGAAACCCUGGACAACCCAAGCCUGAAAAUGUGUAAUGUUUCAAUGUGAGUUUCUAUCCUAAGGGAAGGUCCAUGCACCUACACUGAAAAUACUGUUGAAAUUUGAAGAGGCUGAAUGUUCCCAUCAAGACUAUAUGGACAAGUAAAGAUGAUCAAACUUUUGAGCAUCUAUUGGGAUCGCAGAGUUAAACUGAAGCAAGUAUCGUCAAGACGUCCCAAUCACCUAACAGCAAGCCACGUACAAUAAUCGUGUAAAAUACAAACACGUAGGCGAAAAAGAAUAUAUUUUAUUGAUGUUUGACAAACGUCGAGCAUCUAGAUUUUGAGUUUCAUGUACAUAUAUAAAAAGUAACAUGAUAAAAAUAACAAAUAUUAUUAAUGCCGAAACUAGACUGCAUAGGCUGAUUGUGGUAUUGUUUAAAGAUCUUUGAAGUGCAGUUUUUAUUCAAACAACAUGUGCUAACCUGAGAAGCAUUGCAUUUAGUAUUGUAUUGUCAUGUUAUCACUUAAGCCAUUACACACUUGAGUGAAUAUCAGUGUACGAUAAAAACAGUUGUUGUGUAAUUGUUUUCUUUUAAGUUUCUGGAGACAAGCAGCAUUAGAAGUUGAAGCAUUUGUACUAUUGAGCCGCUGACCGAGUGCUGUGUGUGUGUAAUAUAUAACAUUGGGAAAGCACCUUAAGCCAUGUGAACAUUCGUUGACUAUUAAAACAUGAACUUAGACGUUCCAACAUUGGGAUAUGGGCCAAAGUGGCAUGUCCCCUUCAGCAUGAGUUUCCACAAGCAGAAGCUUUGGCAACUCAUAAGGCAUAUUUUGCAUGACAAAGUCAAUAUGUGUAUGUACUGUACAUAGUAAGCAACACCUCUGGGGGAAAAGGUUUGAGAAAGGAGGGCAUAUUAUCGUGAGGUCAUCAAUUACAAAAUAAUAAUUCAAUGGGAGAAACCUUAAGUUGUAAGAGGAUUUGUGGUAAUGAGUCAGCCUGCACUAAUUGAGAACGCAACGUUAAUGAUAGCUAUCAUUAACUACAGUUCAAUGUAUCUGCUGUAUCAAACCUGCAGGCACAUUUGUAUUUCUCAUCUUUAAAAAACUUAAAUAAUGUGUAUGUGCCAAAUGUAAUACAAACAUAGUUACAUUUAGUCUAGGCAUUAAACGUUUUUUCACUGGUUUGUUUUGGUUUUUUUGCUCUUAGAACUUUAAAUGUUUCUGUGUCAAUGUUUUAUAGCUUUAUUGGCUUCGGUUUAGUUCUGAGAGCUGUUGAAAUUUUGUUUCAUCACACCGUAAGUGACAUUUAAGUUGUCGUAGAGAUGAUGUUUUGUAUGGUUACUAUGGUAAAUGAGCAGAUACCAAACUGUUGAGUAAAUAUUUCUGUAAGCCUAGCUGUAUACAAUUAGAGUGUAUUUGGCACCAAUUUGUUUCUAUUAAAGUAUUUUAAUUAACCUGU